CUUGCGGUGUAUCUUGGAAUUUGUAGUUUCAGCCUUUCUUUCGUUAUCAUUUCCGGAAAGACUGACGAGUGGAAGUCUGAAGAGCGCAAGGAUUGUGGGGCGGUUAGAGUGUUUUUCUUUCCCGUGCAGCAACGUAAGAGAGAGGUAGUGACCAGCACAUGGGUCUUAGAGACUUUUGGAAGAACUACCGAUUUUUCAUUGUUACAGGAACUGGCAUGGUGCUGAUACAUUGGGGAUGGUAUAAAAUCAAGUCCAAUCCCCUUUUUCAACCAAAAAAGGAGGAUUAUUAUGAAGAGUCUGACAUUGUGAGAUAUGUGUUGCAGGAGGACAAAGAAAACGAAGGGAAGUAAUUGUGAACUGCUGCAGAAUGAUUAAGAGGCAUAUCUCCCUUACUUAUUAUAGGUCUCCAUCAACAAAAGAUGUAAGGCAGCUGGAAUAGUAGUAAUUGGCUGUCCAUGCCUGGAUUUUUAUCCAUUGGUGCCCAUGUUUACCAUCUACCAAAUUUACCAUCUCCAAAAAUUUACCAUCUACCCAUUUACCAAAAACAGCAAAGCUUUCUUCAAAAACGGCAUGGAAAUGAAUUCAAACAGUCUGGUUGAAUGAAGCAACUUGGGAAAUCAUCACAUUGAUCACAUUGUUUAACAUCGAAUAAGUGCUGUUAAAUCCCUUUGUCCCUGGGAAGAAAACCCAAGGUCUCGCAUGCCUAUGUAUAAAUGAUAAUUAAAAACUCCUUUUGUAGAAACAAAA